GGACCUGGUUCCUCUCCCGUCUCCAGGAUGAAGGUGUAUAUUUUGACAGCCCUCCUGGUUCUCCUGGCAGCGGAGGAAGCAGAGGCGCUGAGGGAACCUCAGUUGUGCUACGUCUUGGAUGGGAUCCUGUUUGUCUAUGGUAUAAUCCUCACGUUCCUGUACUGCCGGCUGAAGAUCCAAUACCGAAGGAAAUCGAAGCUUCCCCCUACUUCUGAGUAUGAGAAAGUGGAAGGAAUCUAUACCGGCCUUGGCGCUCAUGAGUCCGAAACUUAUCAAACUCUUGAGCUCCCCAAAAUCGACCCAAAGGAGCAGCCCCCUGCAGAAGCAGUGUCCUUGGUGGGAUAGGAAUGCUCUCUUGUGGAGACCCCUCCUCAACACCUGAAAUUGCACAACUAUAUUUUGACGCCAGAAGAAGGAAUGUCUCUACACCCUUUGCUGUACCUGCGCGGAAUAUGCCACCUUGCGGGCCUAAAGUGAUUUUGAUGGCGCAGUAGACCAAGAAGGGCCCUGCAGAUGUUGCUGGACUACAACUCCCAUCAUCCCUGAUCAUUGGCCAUGCAGGCUGGCCUGGGCUGAUGGGAGGUGGAGUCCUACAGCUCAUGGCAGACCACAGACUCCCCAGCCUACCACAGAUCUUGCCUGUUGUAUCAGCAACCCUUGUGUUUGCCGAUCUCAUUUGACGUCUUCCACAGCGGGACAGCUUGAAGGGUGGGCAAGAAAGAAGUGCCAGCUUUUAUUAAUCUGUAUUUAAAAAUAAUAAUACUCAUGGCUCUGUUCUCCUGCUGUUUUUAAAUAACAUGUCCAUAGCUUGUUUGGAAAAUCAUGUCGAUAGCAUAGCAAUGUGGGUGCAAUCCAGAUUCGUGGCUGGGAGUUAGGGAUGGACAAAUUUGUCAGUUUUGGUUCUCCAAGUUCCUCAUCUUCCCAGUCUUCAUUUUGCCACAUUUCCACAACAGUGGGGAAGAGCCAUGAAUACCUCCUGUAUUAAAUCCUGAACAGCUGUGGCCAAUCAGCGUGGACAAUACUG